AUGGAGAAUAAUUCGAAUGCCUGUUCUAAAACGCCAAUAUGGCAAAAUUGUGUCCAUUGCCCAAAAUUACUCUUCACUACGACCUCGGAAUUCGAAAAACAUAUUCAAGAAAAGCACAGUAUUAAAGAUGGAUCUAUGAUACUAUGCCAAUAUGGGCCAAAUGGAAUUUGUUCUGCAUUGCAGUUUGGUGAUCUAAGAAAAGCAGGUUUUAAAUACCAUAUUAGGCAACAUCAUUUACACAACAGAAAUGAUUCCGAAAAUUGGAACUUUUACUCGUCUUCAUUAAAUUUGCCAGCAGUCUUAAAUGAUCCUAAUAGAGGUAAACAAAGUAACUUUUUUACCAAAACAUGGGGGGACAGUUUUGUAGAUAAAGUAGAAAUAUACCCUAGUCCAUAUUUGCCAGAAAUUACCUUAUUGCACUUUGAGACUUACUGUAAAAGGAUAUCAAAAAGAUUUAGGAGACAUUGUCAGUUGAAGGAAAACAUACCUAUAAAGUCCAAGGCCCCAAUUAUCGAACAUGAGUGUGAAGUACCUAGUAUUUUUUAUGAACAAUCAUUAGCACUUAAUGAUCCAAGAAAUUUUGGACAAAUAUUUCCUGGACUUUCCCAUUCGCAAGAUAUAAAUUCAGCUAUAAGAAUACUUCAAGAAACAUUAAGUACAUACCUUGAUGUGGUUGAAGUGAAAAUAUCAAAGCAAGUUGCCCAAAAAUCAGACGCUUUCUUUCAUGCUAUGCUAUCUCAUGAUACUAUAAUGGAACAAAUGGCUCGAGCUAUAAAAACAGUUCAAUGUACCAGAAAAGAAAUAAUUGAUGUUAAACAUAAUUUAACUUCCAGUCCACUUGAAUUAAUAAGCCUUACAAAGAUUAAAUACAACUUAAAUAAUGUACAUGAAUUACUUAAAUUAAUGAGUACAGUUCAACAAACUCAACCCAUGAUACAACUUCUAUUAAGUACUUCAGACUAUGUAGCUGCCCUAGAUCUAAUUAGUUCUACUCAAAAAGUAUUGUCAACAAGACUUUCAGGUUUACAGGCUUUUCGUCAUCUUUCCUCUCAGUUAACAGAGAUGAAGAGGUUAAUACAAAAAAUGCUUAAUGAUGAAUUUUCAAGGUAUAUAAUUGCUGACUUAAAUUGUUCAGAUAAAGAUUAUAAUAACAUUCCAGACAAAGAUAAAAUAGUCUCUAUAGUAUCAGGCAUACUGAGAUUAAAGGAAUUUGAGUUUUUAGAUACUUUUAAAAUGGAAGCAAUGACUUCAAUCCAAACAACAAUUAAACAAUGUGUCGUAGAAAUAAUUUCAGAGAGAGAUGGACAUUCUGAAAUUGUUUUGAGAGGAUCUAGUACAGAUAUGUGGCUUUUAUGUAAUGAGGGAAUCAUAUUCCUGCAGAAGGUUACCCCAAAAAUAAUAAAAUUAUUUAUAAAGAUUCUAUCACUUUGUAAUGUGAUUCAAGAUGUUAGUCAAAUGAGUGAUGUUACUGGAAACGAUUUUGAUGAUAGUUGGAACCCAGAAGAACAGAGUGCUUUGGAAGAAAGAGUUAGUAAAUUGAUUGCAUCACUUUCAGACUAUUGCAAUGAAAGGUGUGCCAAUCUUAUUGUAGCUAGGACUGAUAAAGAUUAUGUUUUUACUGAUCUGUCUCAGUUAUCCAAAUUGUCUGAGUUGAUAGAUAAUUUUUCAUUGAAGUGUGAGGAAAUAACAGGUCAUUCCAGCAAUGCAUUAAAACUAGCCCUUAGAAGUUUUGCAAUGAAAUUUAUUCAAAAUUUACAUUUAGAAAGAAGAUCUCAACUAACUACUGCACUUAAUAAUGAAAAAUGGAAAAUAGCUGAAGUUCCUUAUGAAUUGCAAAGUGUUAUUAACACCAUGUGUGAAAUGGGUGAAAUACCAUCUGUUUUACACUAUGAAAAUGGAAAACCAGAUGGAAAAUAUUUAAUAAUUAACAAAGAAAAUUAUGCUGUACCUGCAAUAGUCCAACUAUUGAUUAAAAUUUUACUUGAAUACUGUGAUGCAACAAAACAGUCACCAGAUAUAGUUCAAUAUCUAAUUCACUGUAUGUUAGAAUUAAUUAGACUUUUUAAUUCACGGUGCUGUCAGUUGGUAUUAGGUGCGGGAGCAAUACAAAGUGCAGGAUUAAAAACCAUUUCAACUUCAAAUUUAGCACUUGUAUCCAGAUCUUUGCAAGUAAUACUAUGGCUUUUGCCCAUGAUAGUAAAUUUGCUUGAAAAAUUACAUUCAAAAGACCUGGCCCUUAAUGGAUUCAGUAGUAUAGAGCAUGACAUUGAAGGGCAUAAAAAAGAAAUAGAAAAUAAAAUAUCACUUAUAGUGAGCAAUAUGUUAUGCUCACAGCUUGUUGGUUGGGAUGCAAAACCUCCAGUACCAUCACAAACAUUUCGAAAUAUAUCAAAACAUUUAGUUAAGCUACAUGAAGCUUUAAUAGAUAUUUUGCCUUUAAAUCAGAUUCAGAAAAUAUAUAUGACUGUCCAUGAAAACUUUAAGGAUAAACUACGAGAGCAUUUAGCAAAAUUGAACAUUGUUGCAAAUGGAAGUCCUCAACAUGGUAUUGUAACUUCAGAGUUGACAUUUUAUCUACAAACACUUAAAACACUGAGAGUAAUAAAUGAAAAUGAUUCAGAAGAUAAUAUAUUGUAUGAAAUUUGGUUAAGCUAUGGAAAAGAAAUGUAA